CAAAACUCGAGCCAAUCGACCGCAUAUCAUUGCCCGACUAAAAGUCUCACCCAAAACGAUUGAUGAAUUCUAUGGACCGAACACACCUCCUUCAGCAUGAUUGAGCUCUAAAACAGUCCGAUUCGAUGCAUUAAGUAGCUUUGGUGCUUCGGGGCUACAAAUGCAAAUGUUUCAACUUGCAUGUUAUUUUAUCUUCGCUGGUGUUAAAAAUAGAUUUGAUAAUUCUUUGCUUUCCUAACUAAAACGGCAUCCAUCUACUGACAACAACUUCAGAAAGUAUGGUAAAACGUCUUUUCACUUUUCUACUCUGGUCUCUGAUCAUUCAAAGGUGCUUAAUUCUCCUCCCACAAAUAUAUGCUGUGCCUGUUAGGAUCGUUGUUGAUGUUAAAGAUGAAGCCACUAAGGACUCUCCUUCGCAAGAUGGACUUCGGUACUCUCCUACUCUACCGCAAAGAAACUAUAUGGGACAGAAAACGGUUAGAGGACCGAGCAGGAUACGACAGAAAAGAAAAGCAAGAACGUACGAAGAAAUAUUGAAAAUAAAUCGAGAUAGAAUGAGAAAAUAUCGAAAAGAAAAACCUGAAUAUCUGAGGGACUUGAAUCACAGAGCACACAUUCGUCGUCAAAGUGAUCCGGAAAAGAAAGCUAAACAUGAUGCGUACUUGAAAGAGUAUCGAGAAAGACACAAGGAUAGACUAAAACUACAGCAUAAGGUAUACAUGCAAAAAUACAGAUCCACUAAGAAAGCAACAGAACAAGACGAAAAGAUUGAUCUCAGGCCAAACAAACGCAGAAGACUCAAAGGUUCCGAUCAGCAGGGGAGCUUCACGACAUCGAGUAGUUCAAUUGAAAGCAAAGACACUGAACAAAACUCAACAAUUCCACGUCCACACAUCGUCGCACGUUUGAAGCUGCCAGCAAAAACAAUUGAAAAAUUCUACGGUCCACAGCCAUCUAUACCUUGAGUGAGCGC